AAGAAAAAACAAAAAGUUUGGAUCAUUGUUUAUUUAUUGGGUUUCAAUCUUUUGCAAUCCGAAAACCCAUCUCGCUUUUUCGGUUUGAUUCUCCCAAAAAAUCCAUUCCCUCCCUUUUCACCGCGUUCAAAUUUUCCGAUCACCGGGUUCCGAUGGAAACCCAUCUCAACCCUCUUCCGUUCUUCUUCUCCAUCUUCUUCACGAUCUAUAUCAUUGCUUAUUUCUUUCUGUUUCGUAAUUGGAGCCCUAAGAUCCGGCCGGAAGCAUCGAGUUGCGCGAUUUCCUUUGCUCAUGGAACCCCCGCCGUGUUCUUAGCUUCCGGCGCUAUUUUUUCCGACGCCGGUCGCGGUUUCGCGUCACCGAACACCGAUCUUCAAAACUCUGUUCUCGAGUACAGCAUCGCUUACUUUCUCAUGGAUCUAUUGCACUAUCUCGUCUUCUUCCCUGCCGAUGUGCUGUUCAUCGCCCAUCAUUUGGUUACUCUCUUCGUGUUCUUCACUUGCCGAUAUGUUGUCUCCCAUGGCGCUUAUGCGAUUCUUGUCCUUUUGAUUCUCGCUGAGAUCACCAGCUUUUGUCAGAACGCUUGGACGCUUGCUAGAGCGAGAAGAGGCGAUGUUGAGUUUGCCGGUAGGGUUUGUGAUCUUCUGUCUCCUCCAUUUUAUGUGCUGUAUUCGAUUGUUAGAGGGUUUUUUGGGCCGUAUUUUCUGUACAAGAUGGGGGAGUUCUACGUUAAUGGUGGAGCUGAGAGUGUGAUUCCUAAAUGGCUUUGGAUUUCUUGGAUUUUUGUUGUGGCGACCGCCAUUUCUGUGAGUAUUUUGUGGAUUAUGAAUCUGUGGAUUGAGCUUUACAGAGAAAGAAGCAGUAAGAUGGAGAAGAAGAAGGGGAGGUAGGAGGAAGGAAGCCAUUGGAGCUUCUUCAAAAGCUCUGUCUCUGUUUUGGUCUGCAACAAUGGAGGGGAGAGAGGCUUUCUGUGGGGAUUGUUUAAACCCACAUCGGAAGAAGAAGAAGAAGAAGAAGAAGAAGAAGAAGGAGGAGGUAGCCAUUGGGAUUCAUCUUCUAUUCAGUGAUGAUUCAGAGAAGGAAAAAGGGUAUCAAGAUUUCUCCAUGGAAGAGAGUUCUGUGGUCGGUAACUUUCUGUUUUUAUCUCUUAUAUGGAAUUAUGAUGCUCUGUUCUUGUUCUUGUUGUUGUUCUUCUUCAAUGAGUAAUUUAUUGUUCUUUUUCAUGUGGUAUAUAUAUAAAUAUGUUGUGAAUUCCUGUGUUGUUAAGUUUUUAGUAUGAUCUGAGUUACAGAAAUUUGUCUAA